AGCACCUGCACAACAAAGUGACGUGAGUUGUCACAUAACACCACGGAACGGGACGGGGGACGUAUGGCUGCUCGGCUCUAUAAUUAGAUGUCUAACCUGUAUAAACAAAUCCUUUACUGUCCCUCGGGGAAAACUGAAAUCACAAGAGUUCAGAGAAAGGCCAAAAAACUAUGGUUAAGAAAGACAACAGGCUGACAAGCUCCCAGAGCUUUGCGUGCGUCGCUUUCGCCGGGUUUCUCAGUAAAAGCGCAACUUCGCCGUUGGAGGUGGUGAAGAUUAAAAGUCAGGUCGGCACUUUUCACAGCAAGGGAGGUUUCCUUCAAAGUUUCGUUCGGAUCUACCAAAAUGAGGGACUCCGAGCAUUUUGGAAAGGAAACUUCGCCUCGUGUCUCCGGCUGUUCCCCUACACGGCUGUUCACCUCUCAACGUACAGAAACAUAGUCCACCUCCACAUGGAUGAACUGGGCUUCAUCUCUCAGUGGAGAGCCAUAUUUGCUGGUGGACUAGCCGGUGUUGCUGCUGCUCUAGCCACAUAUCCUCUGGAGGUGGCGGAGACCAGACUCGUCAUUCAGAACUGCAGAGAGCCCACGUACGUGGGUGUAUUUCGCACUAUCUCAAAGAUUUACGGGAGUGAAGGGCUUCUAGCGCUCUACAGGGGCUUCUCCCUCACUGUUUUGGGUGCAUUUCCCUUUUCUGUUGGAUGCUAUGCAGCCUACAUAAACUUGGACAAGCUCUGGCAGGAACCUGCUUUUCGCUUCACCCCUCUCCAGAACUUCAUUAACGGCUGUCUUGCAGCAGGAGUGGCUCAAACCCUCUCAUACCCAUUUGAAACAGUAAAAAGGAAGAUGCAGGCGCAGAGUGCCCGUCUCCCACACUGUGGUGGCGUGGACGUCCAUUUCAGUGGAAUGGCUGACUGUUUUGUGCAGGUUGUUAAAAAUAAGGGCAUCCUCUCGCUGUGGAAUGGACUGACUGCCAACACAAUAAAGAUUGUCCCCUACUUUGGCCUCCUUUUCACCUGCUUUGAGAUGUGUAAACAGGUUUGCCUCUACCGCAACGGGUACAUCGUCUCCCCUCUGAGCUACGAGCUCACACCGGGGGUCGACCAGAGCCUCAGGCCGUACGAGCUGGAGGAGGUGAAGCGCUACUUGAAAAACAGGGACUUUGGGUCAGAGGAGUCCUCCCUCGGAAACCGCUGGUAAAAUGGACUUAAUCUGACAUAUGACCUGCAGAAUGACCUUGCCACAGUGAGGCACUUCACUGUGUUUUGCAAUAAUUACACAAGAUUAUGUCUCAGGUUGCAUGUAUUCAUAAAAGCUAAUAUCAGUGAAUGCAUUUACAUUACAUCCUGUCAGAACAUUUUCUUACACCUUUUUUAACCGAAUGUGCCUUGAGUACUAACUAUUUAUUAGGAGGCUUCUUCCAGUAUUAACAAUAAAUAGUGCCAUAGUUUAUUUACAGAGAAGGAUCUUUUACACUGUAUUGUACAUUGAGUCACUUUAAUGAGCUUUGCCCUUUAGCAGCCAGACAAUUAAAAUGAGCAAAAAGCACUUAUUUAAACUAAGAAAACAUGAUUUUGUGUAGUUUUCAUUUCUGUAUGCUUCUAUAAGAUAUGUUUUCCAUUAAAACAAAUAUAUGAACUA